UGUGGUUGCAGCAGCUGCUCUCAUUACGCGCCGCAGGAUCCCUCUACCUACCGCGUCCUCGCCGCGCGGUGAAACAGCACGCGCUGAGCAUCAGUCUGCUCGGGAAUCAGGACGUGGAGGACGCGCUCCGUGUGUGACAUCUGAUAGGUUUAAGCUGAUAGAGAGUACUCAGCCUGUAGCAGACGCGGGGAUUCGCUGCAGAGGAAGGACGGAUGGAGAGAAUGCUGCCGCUGCCUCCUCUUCUGCCUCCCUGGACGAAGCGGAACAUUUCCGAGGCUCCCUGAACGCGGAAGCAGGCGAGGAGCUCUCUGCUCUUUCCUCCAUCUUCAGCGCAGAGCUCAGCUCUCCCUCUGCUCCUCCUCUCCUCUGUUUGCUGUGAUUUCCUCCAGGAUUACGCUUGUUGGCACGCCUUUUCACCUGAACCGAGGAGCGACUUAUUUGUCUGUCAGUGGUCAUCAUCUUCAUCUUCAUCAUGGUGUCAGGGCCUGGGAUGGUCCAUUACCUGGUGUCUGCCUGCCUGCUGUCUGUGCUGCUCUACCUGCCGGGGGUCUGCGGGUCUUAUUACCCUCAGAGCGGGGAGUGUAAGGGCAAAGGGAGGGACUGCACAGACCUGUCAGAGAGGAAGAGCGACCUGAGGGUGUGUGAUGAAUCCACCUGUCGAUACGGAGGCGUCUGCAGGGACGAUGGAGCUCAGCUCAAAUGUGUCUGCCAGUUCCAGUGCCACAAACACUACGUCCCUGUGUGCGGCUCGAACGGAGACACCUACCAGAACGAGUGCUACAGGCGACAGGCGUCCUGCAAACAGCAGCGCCUCAUCUCUCGGGUGUCAGACGGGCCGUGCUCUGCCGAUCCUGGAUCCGGUUCAGGAGACGGAGAUGAUGAUGAGGGCUCUGGAUCUGAGGUUGGGAAGAAGUUCACCAAGUGCAGCACGUGUAAAUAUGGAGCCGAGUGUGACGAAGAUUCAGAGGACGUCUGGUGUAUAUGUAACAUCGACUGCAGCGGACACAAUGAAAACCCGGUGUGUGCCACUGAUGGGAACUCCUACAACAACCCCUGUCUGGUCCGAGAGGCAUCAUGCAUGAAGCAGGAGCAGAUCGACGUCAAACACCUGGGCAGGUGCCCUGCUGAUAAAGAGAAAGCGGGGAAGAAAGACGACAGCAGUCAUUUCAAAGGAAACGCUUUAGAAACCACAGGUCUGGAUCAUGGCGAGGGUUUCUAUAACGGGGUGCCCUGCACCGAGGACUACGGCUUCUGUGUUCAUGGGAAAUGUGAGAUCAAAUACAACAAGGCCGUCUGCAGGUGUGAUCGAGGCUACAAAGGUCUACGGUGUGAUGAGCCUCAUCUCAACAUCCUCUAUGUGGUCCCCAGUGGGAAAAAGCUUCACUACAUCCUCAUCGCUGCCAUCAUCGGCGCUGUGCAGAUUGCCAUCAUUGUGGCUGUGGUGAUGUGCAUCACAAGGAAAUGUCCGAAGAACAACCGGGGGCGCCGGCAAAAACAGAACCUGGGACACUUUUCCUCAGACACAAACUCCAGGGUGGUAUAGCCGUGUUUGUGUUGGUUCUUUUUUGAUAAGUUUUUUCUUACAGCGUGGGAAUACCAUUUUCUAACGGUCGAUGUGUGGUGUUCAUUCCUUUUUCUCCUGGGAAAAACCAUAAAAAAGAAGAAUGAGUAUUUAUUUCAGGGGCCUUAUUUUCCCUCCUGUUUUGCUUUUUGGGCAGAGAUGCUGCGCAUUAUUUGGCACAAGUUUUGGCACAAAUUUUAUUUCUUUUUUUUUUUGCCACAAGACCAAGAAGAAGAAGAAGAAGAAGGAGACGACUUUUUAGAAAUCCUCGCAUCAUUUCUGCGUCUGCUGUCUUAUUUACUUUGGACUGGUUUAGUUGAAUGCUUUAUAAAAACGGUACCUUUGGUGAGCUUGUGGAGAGUUGCAUCUGCCCUUCUGGAAUGUGCUAUUUAUUAAAACGGAUUAUUUCUACGCCCCUUUCUUUUCUAAUAGUGUGCAGCUGAUCACCAAAUGCAGUUUGUUGGUUGGUGAUUGAGGGCAGACAGUGAUAUAGAUCUGUUUACAGUUACUCUUUGAUAUGAACGUCCAUGUAAAGACUUCACUGUGUUCAAACCAGCUAAUAAUUUAUUAUUAUGACAGUUUAAUUUCUUUAAAGUAGUUUUUACUGAAAGAUUUACGUUCACUUUUGUUUUAAAUGUUGCUUUCUAAGUUCUAGUCCCUGUAUAUUCGCAUGACUUGUGAAAUCUGUGUCCUGUGGUGUAGUUUUAACUUCUUAAAGAAAAGCCUCCUCCGUCUCGGAGAUCCAACGGAAGAGACGGAAACCCAAAAAAAGGCGGACUGAUGACCGGCGGACAGUGAGAGGGAACGUGUUAAAGAAAGGAAUGUGGACAUAAGAAAAAAGGACUCACUGAUGAAGGGAAAUGCAGAAAUAUCUUUUUCUGAAUCACUUUUGCUUUUUAGCACUGAAAGGCAGGAAUGUUUUUUGCAUCUUCAAGAGGAAAUCUGAAUUCAGAGGACGUGAAACAACAUUUUUUAUGUGAAUCCAGAAAGUCUUAUUUGCUCAGAUGGCUGUACUCAAGGCUUGUCUUUGAAUGUGAGAAAAAUUUUGUCUUUUUAUUUCUGAGUGCAUUUCUUUUUGCAGGUUCCCCUCAGCCAGGCAUUCCAAGCACACAGAAGAAUCCCUGUUUGAAAUCUUAAAUAUUUCACACAAACCUGACAUACAGAUCAGGUACCCCUUAGGCCGGGCAUAGACUGAGUGAAUUCAGUCCAUUUCAGACCAGACUUUGGCUGGUUUUGACGUGGAAUUUCAGCUCAUUUGCGUGUCAGAGGGGGGGAUGGCAGCUGAUCGUGACUGGUGGGAUGAUUUCUGUAAUGUUUGAAAUUUUCAUACCAGUACGGUCAGAGGAGAGCCUUCUCCAACUGCAGGACUUUUUUUCCUGAUUGCGCCUUUGCUAACGAACUGAUGGCCCUUGGACUCAACAUGGUGCAAGGCGACAUCCCUGUUGUGUCUUCCCCUCCUAUCACCAAAGACAUACACAAUAGAAAGGUAAGCAGGUUGUAUCAGCAGUCCUCCAGAUGGCGGGGAAUAUUUCCGAGCAGUGGUUCUCAACUGGGGGGAUCGGGACCCAAAUGUGUGUUGCUAAUUGGUGCCUGGAAAAUAUUGGGAGCAUAGAAUCUAGGCUGUGCAGAAUCUGAGGCUUGUUUCUGAGGUUUUGACUUAUUUAUUAUGUAACCUUGCAUAGAAAUAUUUGGAGAAAGCUGGUUUUCCCAUGAUAAUUUAUAUCUGGAGAUCUUAAAAAAACAACCAAAAUCUAUGUUAUCAUGGCAAAACAUAGAAGAAUAGUGUGUUUACAUGGAUGUCCUUCCAAAAUACUGUCCAUUCUCAUUAUCCGACCAUAUGUUUUGCCUUAAUUAGAGUCAAAACUGCAACUUUUUUUUUUAUUUUAGUCAGUACCUGAUAGUAGAGAAACACAUGUAGUUUGCAGUUAUUAAUAUUUAAACUUUCCAGCCCUUCUAUGAGCUUUCAGGAGGAACAUGCACACAUUCUAGUUCAUAUGAGGAAAGCCUAAGGCAGGGAGAGAAGCAGCAAGACACUGAUUAAGUCAAAUGCAGAAUAAAGGAGGAGCUGGGGUGGAGGAGGGUUGCAAAAGCAACUUGUAGAAGGAUCAGCAAAGAGAAGCAAUGUCAAAGCAGCACACCAGAGCUGUUUAGUCCGCUUUAAACAAACUCUGGUCCAUUUUCCCAGAUAAUCCAGUUCAUUUGGAGUGGUGUGAAAGCUCACACGAACUCUGAUGCAGACCAAACAAACAGUAACAUGUUGUAGUCUCUUGCUCACAUGUUUGCUCACCGUUUUCUUCGGUGCUGAUUUACUCACCUCGUGUAAAGAGUGACAUGUUGGACAGCUCUCCGCCUCCCUAGCUGCUUGUAAUACCCCCAAUGCAAAAGCAAAAACCCCAAGACUGUAAAUUUGGUGUUUUUUUGUUUAUGCAGAAAAAAGGACUGGCGGAAGGAGAUGGAGUUCCGGUUUCGUCUUCUUCCACGCCUGCUUUUCUUCUUCGUUGCCAUUUGUUUGUGACGACAGCUCCCCUAACGAGCAAAGGUUGUAGGUGUUCAGACAGUUUUGUCCAUUUGACUAUGAGCAGUGUGAAUGCAAACCAAACCAAAGGAAAGUGCAACAGUGUAGCAAUUUACAUUCCAAAAUGAACCGAGUCCCCCGGAAUAUCAGUUGUGCAAACCACAUAUAUGUUGUGGGAUGAGUGCAUUUAAGAAGCUUAGCAUGACUCAGCUGGCAGUCAGUUGAUGAGGAAUCAGCUGAUGUCAAUGAAACAGCAGCACUUGACACCAUGGCCUGACCCAAUGAAUUGUAGCAAUUAAAAAUCCAAGAAAUUGGGGUCGCAGUUUUAUGUUACAGAGGUGGUGAUGGGUCUGAUGGUCAGGCCAGUUGAGAACCACUGUUUUAAAGGAUAUUGAACAUAUAUGAGACAGUUUAUAGCUUUCUGUCACAUGACCUCACAGAGGCUUGGAGGGCAAAAGAAGCUUAGGACAGUAGCAGCUCAGAGGAGUCUGGCUGUAGAAGGCAGAUCUCAGACUGCCCCCUUGCAGACCACUUCUGUGAGACACUGCAUCUGUCAGAACAGAAGGAAUGUAAUUAGCUGGUACAACGUUUUAGAGGUUUGGUUUUUUUUUAAUUCAACUUUAUUCUAAAAAUAAGUCUGGCAUUUGGAUUCAUGAAAUAACCACAUUCCAAACAUUACAGAUCCAGCAACAUUACACAUUACAAUAAAACAGAAACAAGGUCAGAGGUCUAAUCCGGGAUUCACCUAUGUAUAGACCCAGUUUAGAAGUAGUUCCACAGUGGCUCGCCUUAGCUUCAUUAGCUUUGGCUUAAGCUAACAUAGCUUAGCUAGCUAUGUAGUUAACAUAAGAUGUACGCCAGUGUAGCUACGAUACUGUUUGUGUGUCGGACAUAAUUCCCUCAUACCAUGCAGACUUACAAACUCCAUGUUCAUCAAACUGUGCAGUGUAUGCCCGGCCUUAGAGACCACACUUCCUCCGCUAUAACACAAUAACUUAGAGGACCCUUCACAUUAGUGUUGCACAGUAACGUAUUAUUGUAAUAAAGUCUUAGUGUUCAUCAGUGAAGACACCAGUACUGUAGUAAAAACUCACAUCAUGGAAAACAAAGUCUCAACAGCAAUUUUACAUCCAAUGAAAACACUGCAUUUUCUUGUGUCCCUGAGUUCAUUGCAACAGCCUGUUUGAAUUUUAUGUUUGCUUAAACUUAGUCCUUUUGGGGAUUUUUAUUUCGGUCCGGCAACUUGUCAGAAACUGUCCCUGGAGUGGUCGUUCUUCUCGUGUGUAAAACUUCCCCACCUCCGCUUCGAUUCAGCAAAUCUUUGUCUUGUGAUCAGGUUUCAAACGAUUCUUUUGAAUGUAUGUUAAACAGCAAACCAGUUCCUGAGAUGUCAGUCAGAAAGUCAGGUAACAGCUAUAUCAGAUCACAACUUUACUUAAUUCAAAUAAUCCUAACUUCUUGCAUUGGUAUUCCAGCAGUAUUAAACCUAAAUCUUAUCCUUUCACGUCUUUUUUUGCCAGUUUAAACAGCCAUAAUGAAAGAAAAGUCAUGUUUCUCCAAUGUGAUGUCAACUGAUUGGUGUUUUUCAAGUAAAGCAAUUGACUAUGCAUCAACUCUACUGCCAUUUAAAACUGUUUAAAGCUAGUAAGACUAAAAUGUAUUCUACAAAAAACACUUAAAGUGGGUUUAAAUUAACAGUCAAGCUGAACUUGACCCUAAAGUCCUGUUCAUAUAAUCAGUAUGAACACAAGUGUAGCAGAAUCCACUUGAAGAGGCGAUCCCAGGCUCACGUGUACUGCUCGAACACGGCUGGUAGGAGAUGUAAACCAAGCAUGCUCGGGUACAGGGGAAAGACAGUUCCCCCCCUUCCUUUUCUUUAUUUGCGGACUUGCAAAUCAAUUCUGCCCAGAUCACUAUCCACUGUACUAGGCAAUGUCAGUGGUGUUGAAACCAUGCUCGGGUACAGUACAAAACCGGCCCAAUGGGAAAACGCUCUCAAGAGAACUUGAAUGUAAAGGACUCUUAUAUCAAAUGAACAGUUAAGUGAAUUUUUUGAGGUGACAAAUGGAAUAAAAGUGCAGUCACACCAGCAAAAUCAUUUUGAAGGUUCGGACCAAAAUCUGAUUUUAAAAUACCAGGAAUUUACUGGAUUUGGACCUGCAGUGACUAUUUUUGGAUAGCUAUGUGCGGCCUUUGAGUUCUGCUUUGGUGAUGUUUGACUCACGACAUCCCUCUUUCAAACCAAGAGAAAACCAAACCAUUAACCACUUACCUCCAGGACUUUGAUAUGAGACUGUGGUUUUAGAAUUACAUCAGGAGUUUGAACUGGAAUUUAUUAGAAUUAUGUUGGUCAAAAUGACCUCACACUAAGACUGGAUGUUCUCUUCCCAUCUUGUACCAUAUACUGUAUAUUGUUAGAGGAUCUAUAAACUGUUUUUUCAUACCUUUUCCAUGAGCUCUAAGACAGGUUUUGGUUUGAGCUACUUUACAGGAGGAAAGUUAAAUCUGUGUAGGUUCUAAUUCAUCCAGGUCAUGGUUAUCCUCAUCUUCAUGGAGAGGCCAACUGGACCUUAUUGAGGUUCUUGAAGAGGUUUUCCCAUGCUUCUUGGCCUCUAAACUGAAGAAGCCUUUUGAAGGAGAGGUGAUUUGUCUUCAAGAACCUCAUCAACUCCAGUUGUUCUUUGACAAAGAUUUGAAUGAUAUCUUUACCUUGCUUGAGUUGAAUUGCAUUGAUCUAAAAGGACAUGCAACCACUGCAGAGUUUGAGCUGUAUAUGUUGAAUGUGGUUUCCUAAGGCUGGCUCAGACUACAUGAAUUUAACCAGAUGUUGGCCCUACUCCAUCAUUGCAGCUCAUCGUCAAACAUGAAUAUGAGCGCCUGGAAUGGCACACUAUGCCCCACAACCAUGAUUUAACAAGACUAGCUUGUCAGAAGUAUUCCUGCAUCGUCAUCAAGUUUGAUACCCUGACCUGACGUCAACGACGAAUUCAGAUCAAGAGGAGAGCCUUUGCUCCUUAUCUUUUGGUCAUCAUUUACCAGAGUGCCAUUAUACGUGUCCCCACUUUUUCUCCAUCCAGGGAUCUUAUGCGUACAUACCGUAAAGCCAUUUAACUAGGCUAAUUGGGCUUAUUUUCUUUACAUGUUGUCACAUUCAUACUUCAGGUUCUAUUCGAAAAAGAGCCAGUCCACAAUUUCCUCUUCUUGAUACAUCUGGAAGAGUCCACACUAGUUUCUUCGUUGUAACUUUCUUAUUUUUGGAACAAAAGACCACUAACAUCACCUAGAGCGCUUCUGUUGUAGCUAUGAUUGACAACCUUUGUCCCGUCUCUCUAAUGGCCUGUGAACCUGCACAUGGUUGCAGAGAUAGUGACAACAGUAUGGCCAGUCUGUCAGCUAAGAAUGGACAGGAUUUUUGUUGCAUUGUCUGACAUGGUGGUAACGCAAAGGACAAAAAAAUCCUGUAGUCUGAGCCAGCCUCUACUCUGUUAGCAAGGCCUCCGCCUAGAGAGUCCCUGAUUUGACCUUUGCUCUUUUGACUUCUAUUGGCCCCUGCAGCAGAUAUAGGUCUGAAACUUAGACUGACCAACGCCCAAGAUGUGUAAAAUCCUAUUCUGGUGCGACCAUAUGACUUGCACCUCCCUAACUAUAAGUAAUACCAAGAACAAGUUACAGCUGCAAAAGUUUAGAAUCAUGUUCUAGGGUCAAUCACAAGAGUGGAAAUCUUGUCCUGUUCCCUACUUGGGUUGAGUCUAUCGUCAAACCAGAGCCUGGAGACAGCCACAGUUCUUCAACCACUUUUAUUUUAUUACAAUUUUUUGUCCCAAGACUUUCCAUGGCACUAGAUGUGAGAUAUAGAAAGAACAAGUCUAAACUAGCAUUGUAACUUUGCAUCAGGGCCAUGUUUACAUGAUAAUGAUGUCUGCUGGGACACUACCCUCUUGAUUUGGAAUUUUUGUCUCUUUGUUAAUGACCACAAUGUUUUAGAUGCUUGAGAAAGUUUUGAAAAUGGUUUAAGCAGUGCAAACCUUUGAAAAUUGCUCCAUUUUCAUCAAAGUGUAAACUGCCAAUAUGUAGAAUUAUCUGGAGUCUUUACACACGUGCACGGUAGGUGGAUAGAAACAAUGGCUUGUUCUGACUGUGUGGUUUAAUCCCAGUCUGUAUGUGCUUGAAGCUACUGCCAUUGGAGUUUAGGCUCCCUUGGAGUGGCCACCCCACCUCAUUGUCCGUCCGCACAAACAAGAGUGCAUUAACCAUUUUUGUAUGCUGUGUUGUAUUACACUGCCAAAUACUAGCCUGGCACGUACACUGAAGCUUUUGAGUUCUUUUUCCAGAUCCGUGUGCACGUCGGUUGGGCUCAGACAGUCGUCUGAAUGCCUAACUUUCUUUUAAAUAGAAAAACAAUGCUGUUUUCAGUGGUCGUCUUUGUGUAAACGCGGCCUGAAGCUUCAUGAAACAGGACUUAAGUACUAAACAAUCCCAGAAAAGCCAGCGACGUCUGUCAGGGACUCUUGGGGGAUGUAAACACUAAAACACUGUGCUGAGGGUGAAAAAUGUGUUGAAUUCAGGGAGGUUCGUCUUCUCUGUGUUUAUGACUUUUCUUUUCUGUAACAGGAGUUGUUUCACUGUAACGUCCAGGUCUACAAGUCGUAGGUCAGCUGAGCGACGUGUCUCUACUUGUUGUCGACCAUUG